UUAACUUUACCUCAAAUCUGGACCUGUCUAAUUAAUGCCUAGUACUAAUCAGUGUUGUAGUGCCUUGAUGCUCGGCCUGCCUUGGGCAUGGCCGGCCUUAAGGCACCUUGUCGAGGCCACGCGCAUGCGUACUCUCAAUCCGAAGACGCAAUUCAAGUCAUGAAUAUUCAUAUGUUGGUCCAGAACUCGGUGGGAAAAAUAAUUUCGCAGCCCGGACAAGCCCCCGCUGCCACUGCAGUAGGAGCAGCGCCAGAACCCAUUGACGUUGAGCAGGGUCGUUCAUCCGGCCGUUCACCCAGCCGUUCAGCUAAUAAGAGGCCAGCAGCUUCACAAGGGCCUGUGCUGCAAUUACCAUCCACUCAGGGUCAGACUCAGAGUUGUCCCAGGCCCAGCACUAGUAAUAAUACCGCAGGUGAGCCUUCUCGACCUGAAUACAUGUCAGUACAAAUACAAGAUCAUACAGAUUCGUUCUGCGUACCUGGCCAUACUAAUAAUAACAUUACAGGUCACGAAUCGCACAAUAUUAGAGAACGAAGUCAGUCUGGGAUGGUACGAGAGACCCCAUUCACAUCAUCCUUCCCCGCAAUUGUACCUCCUAGUGUUCAGAUAAGAACCGACCUAACUCAAAAUUCACACUGUGUCCAUGAUAAUGAGGCCACAGGGCCAAAUAACCAAACCAUAAUCAAUACAGAACGUAGACCUAACACAGAGAACAUGAAUAGAGGCUAUCACCACCCUCACCAUUCCCCGUUAAACCCUGUAGGUGACACACUGGGUGUAUCUAUUCCCCAAAGCAUAAAAGAAAAGAUUUGGAAGGGGGAGUAUGUGAAUCUAAAUCUGUUAGUUAACGCCCAAGAUGUAGCCUCCCACACACUGCGCGAAGCAGCAGAACAGAGAACUAAUCUGGCAAUAGCCGAGGAGGAAGGAAAAUGGGUGUUAAAGCCCUACAAUGCCCCCUCCAAAAACAAAAUCAUGUCCAUUGAAAUUUGGACAAAUGCCUUCCUAAUAUACAUGAGCGUCUAUCUGGCAGCAAAUCCACGACACACUCAUGAAAUUCUGAAGUACUGUCACCUCAUUCGUUCUGCUGCUUCACGCUACUACGGAUAUGGUUGGAGGGACUACGAUAUAGAAUUUCGGCACCGAUUUCAUGCCACAGGGGGUUCCUGGGCGGAGAUAAACGGGGAGUUGUGGCUCCUCCACGUAGUAGGGGGUGGUGUUCGGCAAGGGGCCCUGCCCCCAUUCAUCAACAGUGGGUAAACAAAGAGGGCAAACGCCCAGGCGUGCCGGCUGCAAAUCUCGAGGUAUGAGUCAAUAAUGUUUCAAGCGGCAUUUUUGUUGGCUUUCUUUGGCUUCUUGAGGGUUGGAGAAUUCACGGUUCAGAGUCAGAGUGAUGAUGGGAGGAAGAUAUUGGCUAUAGAUGAUAUCCAAUGGGGUCAGGAAGAAAAUUCACAAUUCAUGUUGGUACAGAUUAGAUUUUCAAAGACAGACCAAUACGGGAGGGGUACCACGCUUAGAAUCAAAGAAAAUAAGACGGAGGGCACAUGCCCUGUCAAGGCUAUGGAGACGUACUUACGGGUACGGCCUAAAGGGAGAGGGCCACUUUUCUGCUAUAUGAAUGGCUCCCCCCUUUCCAGGUAUCAGUUCAAUGCAGUAUUGAAGAAGGCACUGUUUGUGUCGGGGGUCGGGGCUAACCAAUAUGGAACACACUCCUUUCGCAUUGGGGCAGCCACAAUGGCAGCCCUAAAGGGUAUACCUCCCGAGCAAAUUAUGACCAUGGGUAGAUGGCGUAGUGAUGCCUAUCUACGUUACAUAAGGUGACCUAUUGCGACAUUGUAACUACCACAGCUAACAUGUGGGAAGGUUAUGUAAGCUAUGGGCGAACAAUUAUGGAUGGUUCCUGUGGUUACUACUCAGGAAGCAUACUUAUAAUUCGCUAUACUUGGUCGCAGUUUCAUCCACGUAUUAUUACAUUUAUUCAUAACUAUACAAUAAUAAUAAAGGUAGAAUCCAGUUAGCCGAGUAGUGGGUUUCUACAUGGGGAGCACAUUUGUAAUUUGUCUAAACAUGUAUGUAAGCAGAAGUAACACAAUAAUAAUAAAGAUAUAUCUAGCCGGCUAAUAACAAUGUAGACAAUUGGAUACUGCAUAGGGUGCAUAUUUGUAAUUACCCUUUGCGUGUGAACGGAUAUCCAAGUUCAUGAUGACAAUAAUGAGUAAUAAUUCAAUAUUCAUAUAGUGCCUUUCAAACUUUCUCAAAGCUCUUUACAUCAUACAUCCUAACCUACUUAUCAACUUAACUACAAUCAGUUGUCAAAGUACAAUAACAGAGAUAAUAGCCAAUCAGCUAUAAAUGUAAUAUGACAAGAAAGAUGUCAGUGCACUGGGCAUGUGUACAUGUGUAGAACAUGUUACUUCCGGGAACUCUCAUUUUUUUAUUGCAGAGGGGACUGGAUCUGGAUUGUAGGGGAUAGCCUGGUCAGAAGAGCAAAAGAACGAGCUUCACAACGCAACUAUCAGCAAUUUGGAGAGCGAGGUAUCGUGGUCCGCUGGCAUGGGCAAGGCGGCCCCACGCUCCAGGAUCUCCCCAGGAUGGUCUCUAACCGGCUGAGAUGCGGCACUCCUCCUGCAUUAGCUAUUGUCCACUUAGGAUCAAAUGACAUCGGACAGUAUGAUGUCUGCCGGUGCAGGAUGGCAAUUGACACAGCCAUCCAAGAUCUACGCACAAGAAUGCCGCACACCCAUAUCACCUGGUCUGGUAUUUUACCGCGGCUCUUCUACUAUGGUCGCAAGCAAGGCUCUAAUUCACAGGAGGCCUUGGAUGGAGUUCGUAAGUCUCUUAACAAA